ACACCAGUGGGCGUAACUUCCUGUUUGGGGAUCAUGUGACCAAAUUGAAGUCGUGUGAUGUGAGUUUUCCUGUUGCAGCCUGAAGAACCGAGACCGGGACACCGAGUCCGGCCCAAACACCUCGGCACGGUGACUCACACGCCAUGCAUGUACCAGCCCCUGUUCUCAGUCCCCCACCUGCAGCUGAGCCUCCCCUCAUCUAAUAUAUAUAAUACCAUGGAUCCGGUCCAGCAGACCAGCCCUCUUCCCCAGCCCAGUGCUGAAUACUUUUCAUGGGACUAUCGCCUCAAGCUUCUUGGCCUUGGCUUUGCCUUCUAUACAGCAGUAUUCCUCCUCUCCCACCUCCUAUCCAGGGCACUGUUCCCGACUUAUAACGCCCUGGUAGCCAAAGAAAAGGUUUUCUGGAACCUUGCGGCGACCCGGGCAGCCUUUGGCAUCCAGAGUUCUGUAGCCGGUCUCCGGGCCCUGACAGAGGAUUCGGCUUUAACUCGAGACAGAGUGAGGGGGCAAGAAGACUGGUCGUGGUUCAAUGUCCUCACAGCCACGGGUUUCUUUGUGUUUGAGAAUGUAGCACUUCACACCUCCAGUGUGGUAUUCAGGUCUUUUGACCUCCCGCUGGCGACGCACCACUUCUUCGCCCUCUCGGGAUAUGCAGGGGCCGUGGUGUGGGACACCCACGGCCACUUCCUGCCAAUGGUGACGCUGCUGCUGGAGAUGAGCACACCAUUUACAUGUAUAUCCUGGAUGUUACUGAAGGCUGGCUGGGCGUGCACUCUCUUUUGGAGAGCCAACCAGUGGGUGAUGAUCCAUGCGUUCCACUGCCGCAUGGUGCUCACCUAUUACAUGUGGUGGGUAAUCUUGACUCACUGGGGAGAGCUCACCACCCACGUGGCCGUGCCACAGCUUGUGCUCUUCUUCACUGGCCUCGCUCUGCUUACAUUUAUCAUCAACCCUAUCUGGACGCACAAGAAGACCAUGCAGCUGCUUAAUCCAGUGGACUGGAACUUUGGCAACAAGCCAGCACCUGUAAACGGUGCCAUGCAGGACGUUUCGGUCAAACCCCACUCCAGCUGAGAAGUACCAAAAGGUUAUGGUUAUAUCUGAAUGACGGCAUUUUUUUCCCCCCUUUUUUAUGUACUUGAGAAGUCACUUUGAAAGUGACGAUACAUACACAUACACAUACUUAGGUUUCCUAGAGCACAUUCUUAGCCUGGAAUAACUUGUCUACUUUCCAUACACACCUUUUUAGCCCAGGGCCAUGAUUCACACUGCCAUUCUGCUACCCCUGGGUUAAAUAUCCGUUAGAACACGUGACUAAUAUUUGUUUAUGUUUACAUUCUUUUUACUUUAGGCCCAUCACACUGACAGGUGUUUAUGCCUGUGUUCAUUUGAUUUACAGGGGAUAGCGCCACUAACUUGGGGCUAACCCUGAUCCUGGGAAGGGCCAGCAAGCCCUAGGCUAAAGUCAGGGGAACUUUGAUGUCCCAGGAUUGUGCCAGUGUGUGCGCUUUCAUGGCCUGGGCCUAAGACGCUUCUAAGUUAAGUGCAGAGUGAAAAGCCCUAUUUUAAGUGAACUUUGCUGUUUUUAAAGAAAGCCCUAACCGGUUACUUGUUACUGUCUUGAUAAAGUCUGUUACAAGUCUUUCCACAGGCUUUACUUUCAGUUUUCAUGUUGUUGUUUUUUUGGGGGGAUUUACAUUUAGUCAUUUAGCGACUUACAGGGAGCAAUUUGGGGUUCAGUAUCUUGCCCAAAGGACACUUCGACAUGCAGACUGAAGGAGCUGGGGAUUGAACCACCGAUCAUCUGAUUAGUGUGAUCUGUGUUGUGAAAGUCCAAGUUCAUCAGUCAUAUGAUGGUUGUUCAUUCACAACCGGAAGGAGUCCAUGAGACAUCACUUCUGACAUGACAUAUGCAGAAGCACAAACUUGCCUAUUAAAAUCAUCAGCUUAUAGAGUUAUAUCAUGAAGUUAAAAGACAUGACAAAAUGUGAAAGAAAACUGUAUAUCUGCAGCAUUUUAAGAUUUACAUACUGUAAUGCUUCUACUAUAAUGGAUCUACCAACAGCUGUUGGUCUGUUGCUUGAUAGUCAAAUUGAUCUAUCAAAUAAAAAAAGGCUUGUAAUGUGUGCUUGCUAUAUAUGAGGGCUGCUUUUACAACAGACACUGAUUGGUUAGUGUAGGCAGGAAAAUUGGUUUAAGACUAAAGAAUGAAGUUCUGUAGGUAGAACCACUGGUGCUAUUAGAUUUCUAAGUGGAGAAUUAGAUCAAUCCAUUCAUGGGUCACAGCAGUGUUUUUGGACUGUGAAUGCUCUUUCGGCAGAGAGGGAAAUAUUUACCGUGGUCAUGAACGAAAAGGCCUUUAACAGAAUCUUCUUUGUUGGUGGACGAAAGCGCAGGACUGGUCGACUCGACAAAGGCUUCUUUGUCUGAAAAUGGAGAUGUAAUGUAGCAAAAUUGGAGCAGUAUUGAUAAGAGAAUAACCAAACAACAUUUUGAUCAUGAUGAUUUAUUUAUUAUUAUGAUUAUACAGUUUUAUUGUAGUAUUAUUUCUGCUAAUGACACAGUAACAUUUCAGUAUGCUUUUUCUUUUGUGUUUGCACACAGUGAUCCUAUUGUGCUGGAAAUAUUGGCUUGUUUGGUUUGUCUGUUGUCAUAAAUCUGGCCUAGGUUUUUGUGUCAUUGUCAUUCUGCUGCAAACUUUCAGAGAUCUCUUCUCAGCAUAACUGCUAGAACAGCUUCUGCUACUGUAGCUCAUGUUUAGCUACAUUUAUAAUUUCAGACACUGUAUUUUUUACCAUUUGUAUCUAUAAGUUAAAAUAAUACAUUUUGAGGAUAAUGCAUCUACUUGAAUUGGGCCUUUGGACUGAAUCAAAGGUAGCCAGCAAAGUAUAAAUCAUUUAAUUGCAGUAGUUAUUAAACAGUUGAAGACACAUUUUUAAACAAAAGUUUUAUUUACCUAGUGCCUGAUCAUUUACUGAGUUCUGUGUAUAACUUUGCUGAGUGAAAUCCAGAACCUCCUCAAAUCUGAAACGUGGACUCAUGUAAGAAGGAUGGUGCUGGGUUUUACUCAACAUCAUCCAAUCUCUGACUGUAAUAACACAAAAAUGUUUGGUGGAAAUGUAUUUAUAACCUGUAAAAGUAUUUGAAUCGGUUUACUUAUAAACAAAAAUAAUUCUUGGUCCUUCUGAUUGUGAAUCUGAUGUCACUAUAUCUUUACUAAAACAUGCUAAUAUCAGAUGGUGUUGUUAUAACAGCAUAGGAUUAAUAUGAUGGGAUGGGGAGAUGACUCCCUUUAAGUUCUACAUCAUAUGCCGGACUAUUCAACACCCUGUUUGUGUUGGAAAAUGUGUUAAUUUGAGUUUCAAAAUAAAAUGUUUCCUCUCAUACA